UCCAGACCGCCAGCGCGCGGAGGCAGCUGGGGACAAAGCGCGCGCGCGUCUACCGGCGCGAAAAAACAAUGCGUGAAAAAACAGUGGCGGCGUGAAAAAGCGAGUCGGAGAGACAAACAAAGAAGAUAAGCGAGGGGAGACAGAGCCGAACCCGUGGGGUUCUUUCGAGACGGCACAACGCAGACCUGAAGCGCGCACCUAAACGGCAAGGCAGCAGCAGGCACCAAGCGGCGUUGCCCUGUUUUAGGACGCUGAGAAAAAGAUGACUGUUGUGCCUGGGGAGAACCUUGACGAGACCGUGGCCUUGGCCGCCCUCUGUCACGACGCUUAUGAGCCCGAGAGGGCGGACCAGGAGUGCUGCGAGCGGGUGGUCAUCAACGUGUCAGGCCUGCGCUUCGAAACGCAGCUCAAGACGCUCGCCCAGUUCCCAAGAACUCUGCUCGGCGACCCAAGAAAGCGGAUGCGCUUCUUCGACCCGCUCAGAAAUGAAUACUUCUUCGACCGCAACCGGCCGAGCUUUGAUGCCAUCCUCUACUUCUACCAGUCGGGCGGGAGACUUCGGAGACCUGUCAACGUGCCCGUGGACAUCUUCAUAGAGGAGAUCAAGUUUUACGAGCUCGGCGAAGAGGUCAUUGAGAAUUUCAAAGAGGACGAGGGUUUCAUUAAAGAGGAGGAGCGCCCGUUACCGGAGAACGAGUUCCAGCGACAAGUGUGGCUGUUGUUUGAAUAUCCAGAGAGUUCAGGACCGGCCAGAGGGAUCGCAAUCGUCUCCGUGCUCGUGAUUUUGAUCUCCAUCGUCAUCUUUUGCCUGGAGACGUUGCCAGAGUUCAGGGAAGACGCCAAGUCGUACGACGUGCAACUCCCGCUAAACGGCACGGUGAGUGUGAAGAAGCCGAAUCCGUUCACGGACCCAUUUUUCAUCGUGGAGACGCUGUGCAUCAUUUGGUUCUCCUUCGAGCUGGUUGUGCGCUUUUUGGCGUGCCCAAGCAAGGCGGCGUUUUUCAAAAACAUAAUGAACACUAUCGACGUGGUGGCAAUCAUGCCGUACUUCAUCACACUCGGCCUUGAGCUUGCCGAGCACCAAGGCAACGGGCAGCAAGCGAUGUCAUUGGCCAUCCUGCGUGUUAUCCGGCUCGUGCGCGUGUUCCGCAUCUUUAAGCUCUCGCGCCACUCCAAAGGCCUUCAGAUCUUGGGCAAGACGCUGCAGGCGAGCAUGCGCGAGCUCGGUCUUUUGAUCUUCUUCCUCUUCAUUGGUGUCAUCCUCUUUUCCAGCGCAGUUUACUUCGCCGAGACAGACGACCCCGAGUCAGGCUUCAGCAGCAUCCCGGACGCCUUCUGGUGGGCCGUGGUCUCCAUGACCACCGUGGGUUAUGGAGAUAUGUGCCCCGUGACCAUCGGAGGCAAGAUCGUGGGCUCGCUGUGCGCCAUCGCUGGUGUGCUCACCAUUGCGCUGCCUGUACCCGUGAUCGUGUCCAACUUUAACUACUUCUACCACCGGGAGACCGAGCACGAGGAGCAGCUUCAGUACACGCACGUGACGUGUGGUCAGCAGCCCCAGCAGCCGCAGCCUGGCUACGGUGAUUUCGGCAGGAGCGAGAGCAAGCCUUCCCUCUCCAAAUCGGACUAUUUGGAUUCGGAAGACGCGGACUCAAUCAAGUACACAAACUGCAGUCCUCCCCAUAAAGCCUACACGGGGAAACUCACAGACGUAUGAGUGUAAAACACAAACACGAAAGGUGACCGCAAACACACAGGCGCAUUUCUGUGAGCACAAUUCCUCACCCUGAGCUCCAGCUUGAUUAGAUCUGGUUAUCGGGCUCUGAUUAUCAAGCAUCCUGCGCGCUAAACCGAGUCAUUUUCAGUUCAAAACUCAUUAGCAGGGGAUUACUAAGACGAGGAUGCGAAAACAGGACGGUUCGGGUCUUUCUUUCUUUCUUUCUUUCUUUCUUUCUUUCUUUCCUCAUAUUUAAAAAAAAAAAACUGUCUUCCAUGUUUGCGAUCAUCGACAUUAAAAAGAAAGAGACUGCAUCUCUAGCCUCAAAAUAUAGCCUAAUAAUAUAAGAAAACAACUAGGCUAAAUAAGCAAGGCCAACCUCGCGGAAUAGCACUUUACUUAUGUACUCUUAGUAAUAAAUAAUUUAUUAGGCUAUCAGCUUCGGUGGUAUCUGGGGGUUAAAAGUUUACAUAUGAUUGACAUAUUCGGAACAAAGCGAAAAGGACCAAUAUAUCUAAAUCAUGUUAUUUUUUAUUAUAUAUCUUCUACGCCUGGCGACUGCAAGGUCACUCAGUGUCGCUCUUGUUUUUGGUAAUGCUCCUCUUUUUUCUUUUUUCUUUUUUCCAUGGUUGUGAAGGUCAGGUGUGAUUAAAUAUGAUCAGUGGGCACUUAUCGACGAGCACUUUCACUAUACAGUUGUUCUCUUAAUUACACUUCGUCCCAUUUUAAAGCAGGUUUUAAUCGCCGUUUACACUUAAUUUGCCCUGUGAUUACACUUCUCUCUAAUUAUUGCUUGUCAUCCAAAUAUAUAUGUGUGUGUAGCUAAGCCAGAAAGAAGAGAGAUAGUAUGUAGGUCUAUGGUUCUAUUUCAAAGAACAAGAUUAGUAGAAGCUAGGGUUUUGGUUGAGAAGAUGGCAAAAUAUGCAUCUUUACCAAAACCAGUGUGUUUGUGUGACCACGUUUCUAAACCUAGAGUGCCAUCUAUUGGACAAGACGGAGGGGGCGGGGUCUGACACUCUUUGGAGACGGAAGUGUUUCUAUAGCAACCUUCCAGACUGUUCUGAAUCUUCUGAUAUCAGCCAACGGCUACGUCCAAAACGGUGUACUACUGUACUAAACAUGAGGCUAAGUAUGGUGCCCUUUGUAGUUUUUGCAUACAUUUUUGUACAGUAGUAUGUGCUUUGGACGUGCCUAACGUUUUGCCUUAAGUUCUUUUUUUUUUCCCUGAUAGACAAUGCCAGGUUGUUGUUGCUUUUAAGUUUGCUGCUUUACAUAACGCCGACCGAGUAAUGUAGCCUAAAUAGACAAACGACAUUAGAUUGAAGACGCCUAUCCGGCAGCUAUAGACGCCCAAAUAAUAAAAUAAUUUUGCAAAGAAUGUCUAAAUGAAAGCAACAUACAAUUGUCGCUUCACUUAUCAGUCUGGUUCUCGAGGAUGUCAACAUCAACACCGCAUAUAUAUAUAUAUAUAUAUAUAUAUAUAUAUAUAUAUAUAUAUAUAUAUAUAUAUAUAUAUAUAUAUAUAUAUCGCUCGAAGCGCCACACUUCGGACAGAAACAAAUGUUAUGUGCACUGCAGCAAAUCUGGAGACAUUUUCACUUCACAACGGGUCAAAAAUGAACAAAUGGACAACAACAACCAUCACUAUGACUGGCACUUGCGUCUGUCGCGAGGAGCAGAAACCUGGAAUCUUAUUGGCUGGAUCAGAGAUUCGGCGACCAUUCACUGAUCAGCACCGGAGAAUCAUGGAACCUCUUUGAUCUGCUGAACUUCUUUUCUGCUGAAGCUGUGGAGCAAAUUCAUACAAAAGGAGCAGAAUGAUAAACCUUUUCCAGAUCUACCAAAACGAGCAAGGAAAAUCAGAGGAAUCAGAACAGCCUCGCCAAUGUAUGGAUUUGAAGAUCAAAUUGACCAGACAGGAGCUUCACACAUCAACAAUUGCAUCAAAUAAAGGAGUGUGAGUAUGGUCAUGUUCAACGGAGAACCAUAAACAAUUUCUUUUUGCAGGAGCUGAGAGCACCUCUAAGAAUCCAUGAUAAAGGAAUACUUUUCACCCAUGGAGUCUAAGUGAAUUUCAAGAUGAAAAACUGAUAGUCUAAAGACAGCAAGUGUUUUACACACUGAACUGAACUGGCAUAGUGGAGAAUUUACUUGAAUAAAAGAUCAUAUUCAUAUAUGCUUUAUGACACACUGUGUUCCUGAUGUAUUUUAGGCUAUAAGAACAGGAGUGUGUCGGUAUGAGUGCGUUUGUUUGUUCUCACAGGUACACAUCAAGAAUAUGGCGCAUACGAACGUUGCAUAUCACCUGCUAUACCAAAAUAUAGAAUUGCAUGCUUGUAAACAGAGCAUGAAAGACAAAAUAAUCAAAAUGGCUUCAAAUUUAUUCAGCAAGGAAUAUGGGAGCAAUGGCAGCAUUAAUCAAAAAUAGUUCUGUUGUUUGACAGCUGAUAGUAACAUUGUUAAAUCUAUCUUUUUAAAUUGUUUUUUUUUUUUAAUUUAUGAAAACCAAAAUGGUUAGACUGGUGACACUUUUUUUAAACAUGUCUACUGAUUUUAUGAAGUGAUUUUUUUUCUUUCUUGUGAAUGAUUUUGCCUUCGAAGAGUGGAUGAACAUUAGAAUAUUCACAUCAUAUGAACAGCCUCAGUCCCCCUUUUCAACAAUGUGGCACAGGGCAAAAGCUGCAAGCUUUUGAUUUCACAUUAUUCCUUUUUAUAAUGAUGUGUUCAUAUUGUUUGAAAUAACCUUCAGAUCAGAAUGCUGUAUCACCUGUCAUGUAAAACAUCUACCUCAAUGUCAUGAUCUUCAUUUCUGCCAAAAGCUUCGCCCUGGGAAAGCAGCAUCAGUCAUGUGACUGGUCCUUCAUUAAAGCAAUGUGUUGUUUACUCUGCCAUGCAGUCAGAAGCAGUUAUGUAUCAUGUUCAAAAAAGCAUGACUCACUUGUCCUCGUUGUCCAUUCUAAACAGCUGUUGUGUCUAUGCAUUGCUGGCUGUUGUGUCUAUACGUGUUCUCAUCCAUUGCCGUGCCAACUGGUAUCCUGCUUGGUACAGUUAUGCAAAGUCUUUAAUACAAUAUCUAACCAUGAUCACCAGGUAAUUAGCAGUGUAAGGGUGUAAUCCAUAUCAUAUUGGUACAUUUCACAGCAUCCAAAUGUUAAAUCCUUUUUUUGGUGUGGUGUCUGUCAAGCUGCAUAAAUAUUUCACUGUAUUGUGUAUAUAUAAUCUGUUUCCAUCCAAGUCUACUUUAUCCAUAUAAAAGAGAAAUCUGCAAUUAUAAUAUGCAACAUCAGUUACGCAACCUUAAAUCUAUGGAAGAACAGUUACAAUAUUCAAAAUGCAAAUCUCUACUCACAUGUCCUAUACAUGUUCUGCAGUAAGCACUGUUCCUUAAGCCAACUUGUUGGUAAAGUGUGUCAGUAGCCUUCCCAUAUGAUAGAAAGAAAGAAAGAGAAAUAUAGUUUUUUGUCCAAGAAUUUCCUUCAACUCCAUAAACAUGACCACAUGGCAGCCAAGAACCAAUGGGACUGCAUGAAAGAAAGCAAUAGUAGAGUAAGCCAUGCAUUUCAGUCAUUAUACAUCUUGAGGUGUUCCUAGAGGAAGCAAAAUGCCUUUGAAUUGUUUCCUGUAAAUAGGUCCUUAUUAUUUUUUUCUAUUUAAUCUGACCUAUUUUGAUGAAGAAGUGUUUGUUUCUGGAUUUUCUGAUGAUUUCUUAUGGACAGUGUAGAUGUUUGGGAUGAUGAUUGUUGGCUUACUGAUGGCUGGCUGGCUGGCUGGAUGGAUAGAUGGGUAAAUAAAUACAUUUUGAAA